AUGUCAACAGUCGACGCCGUAACAUGGCUACAACAAAUGAGACAAAACAAUCCAAGAACAAACAGUCCUUUUCAGGACUCCUUGACGCUAGACGUUGGUGCAAGUCUAAGAAUUUGUCACCUCAACGUUGAAGGUAUGUCAAAGGCAAAGAGUGAAUAUCUCGCUCGGCUAAUGCGAGAUGAACGCGUCGACAUCAUCACGAUUCAAGAGACACAUACAAUUUCAGAUGAAAACCUGCGAAGUAGAGGAAGCAUUCCGGGUUAUGUGCUUGUCGAUGCCAUCCACAGUGCUGUCCACGGUGUAGCAACGUACAUCAAGUCAUCUAUUCCCAACUAUAAUGUGGUGUAUAAGGACUGUACAGACAAUAUACAUGUUCUUGCCAUUGAAGUAAGCGGAGUCACGGUCAUCAAUGUCUACAAGCCACCAAGUUCUAGAUGGCCUCGUGUUCCGCUCAAAUCCUUUUCGCACCCGGCAGUAUAUGUUGGUGAUUUCAACUCACACAAUCAGGCCUGGGGUUAUGAGGAUAGUGACAUUGAUGGAAACUUGCUGUUUGAGUGGAUGACACUGAACAACUUGUAUCUCAUCUACAGUUCGAAGAGUAAAGGGACUUUCAGAUCUGCCCGGUGGCAAAAGGAUUAUAAUCCUGACCUUACGAUUGUCACCAAAAACCACGAUGGGGAGGUAAAUGGGGCUAAACGCUCUGUUCUGAGUGGUUUUCCCAAUAGUCAACACCGCCCAGUACUCCUUCACUAUGGAAUAAGUAUUCCAUUGGUGGAGUCAGAGCCAAAGCCGCGCUGGAACUUUCGAAAGGCUAAUUGGGCUGCCUUUUCUAAGGAUUUUGACCACCAAUACAUCCCCGGUUGGAACGAGAACUGCGAUGAGUUGUACGAGGAGUACAACGCGACAAAUAACAACAAAGUCGCUGCUCGCUUGUUAACGGAGUUGGAUGACCAGCGGAAGAGAAAGUGGAGGGAAACUGUGGAGAACACAGACUUCACGCAUUCCAGUCGCAAGGCUUGGAGGCUUCUCCGAAAGCUGGGUGCUGAUUCCAGAUGUGAAGCCACAGUUAACAAAAUAUCUCCUAACAGCGUCGCCUCUCGGUUAAUUCGGGUCUCUAAGACUAAACUGUCGAAAGUUGAUCUGGAGUUGACCAGAAGAGAGGUCCGAUGCAAAAGAAAAACACUAACAGAGUCUUCCCUUUCUGGUAGGUUUUCUACUGCAGAUUUGGAAUGUGCUCUGUUAAGUGUAAAGUUGGGGAAAGCCGCAGGGUUCGAUGGAAUCUACCCUGAAUUCAUCAAGAACGCUGGUCCAAAAGUUAAGUGUUGGCUGGUUGACUUAUUCAACCGCAUCUUGGAUACUGGCCACCUUCCUAAACUUUUCAAGCGAGCAAAAGUGAUUGCCAUUCUAAAACCUGGCAAGGAUGGUACAGACGCCGCCCAUUACCGUCCUAUUUCUUUACUCGUCAGUGUUGUGUAUAAACUUCUUGAAAGAAUGAUCCUUCACCGUAUACAACCUCAUAUUGACCGAGCAACCCCAGUUUCCCAGGCAGGCUUUAGAAAACAUCGUGGUUGCACAGAGCAGGUGCUUGCACUCACCUCCCACGUUGAAGCCGGUUACGAACGCCGGCAGAAAACUGGUGUGGUGUUUGUCGACCUGACAGCAGCCUACGAUACUGUCUGGCGUGAUGGACUCUUUCUCAAAUUUAUGGAGGUGAUACCCUGUGCUAAGCUAUCCGGCCUGCUAAACAACAUGUUGUCAAACCGCUAUUUCCAAGUGUUCCUUGGCAACAAAAGCAGUAGCUGGCGCAGACUGAAUGAAGGACUUCCGCAGGGUAGCGUUCUAGCUCCUUCUCUAUUCAAUUUAUACAUAAGUGAUACUCCACGGACCCAAGCCAAACAAUUUCAGUAUGCCGAUGACUUGGCUUUGGCUGUCCAGUCGGAGUCGCUUACUGAGAUUGAGGAAAUCCUGGAAUCGGAUCUUUCAAUCCUCAGCACAUACUUUCGCAGGUGGCGCUUGCAACCCAAUCCAGCAAAAACGGAGGCUUGCGCAUUUCAUUUGAAUAAUCGUGAGGCACACAGUAAAUUAAAUGUGUGCUUUGAGGGUUCUACAAUCAAUCAUGUCGAGCACCCAAAGUACCUUGGUGUCACUUUGGAUCGCACACUCACAUAUAAGCCUCAUCUAGAAAAGACAGCCAAGAAAACCAGUUCCCGGGUAAAUCUAAUUCAAAAGUUAGCUGGCACGACUUGGGGGGCUGACGCCCAGUCCCUUAGAACUGCCACGCUCGCACUUGUGUACUCUGCAGCGGAAUACUGCGCCCCAGUCUGGCACAACAGCGCGCAUGUACACAAAGUAGAUACGCAGCUGAACAACGCUAUGCACCUUAUCACAGGUACAGUGAAAUCUACACAACUGCCCUGGUUGCCGGUGCUGUCGAAUAUUGCACCUCCGAAAUUAAGGCGCGAAGCGGCUGCGGUGAGGGAGGUCACAAAUUGCAGAGAAAAUGCAAAUUCUCUGUUAUACACUGAGCUCCAGGAAUUGCCAAGCCGCAGGUUAAAGUCGAGAAGACCACCCUGGACUGUUGAUCCGUCUAUCACAGGCGUGGACUUCUGUCUGGAGCAGAAAUGGAAGGAGAUCUGGAGCAGAGCCGCACCAGUCAAUGGUCACUUGGUCCGGGACCCAACCUCUCGAGUUCCAGGCUUCGACUUGCGCCGCCGCGAGUGGGCAAUGUUAAACAGGUUCCGCACUACGCAAGGAAGAUGUGCCUAUUUGCUUCACAAAUGGGGAAUGGCUGAUUCUCCAGAAUGUGACUGCGGUAGUGCAUUUCAAACGAUGAGCCACAUCGUGAACGACUGUCCAAGACGAGGCUUUGUGGGUGGACUUGGUAGUCUGGACCGUUUACCUCAAGCGGCCCACGAUUACUUAAGAAACUUAGAUUUAAAUUUAUGA